AGCAGCUGGUGGGAAAUUAUUCGCGUGAAGACGUCUGAAUGAAUCUACCAAAUACUGCAUAUAUUCGCUUUUGUGAUCCUUAAAGACUCAAGCUUCUAAUUUUUAAGGCCAUUUCUAUUUGGUGUCGAAGAUAACUAACGAUCGUUAGCUUGCGCUACAAUUCUAUUCGAAAUGGCCGGCGAGAAAAAAGCUAAGAUAUUCAAUGAUCCGGUACAUGGCCACGUAGAAAUGCCCGAACUGUGUGUCAAAAUCAUUGACACUCCACAGUUCCAGAGACUUCGGUACAUAAAACAACUAGGUGGAUGUUACUUUGUUUAUCCUGGCGCUGCUCACAACCGAUUUGAACAUUCUAUUGGGACAGCCCACUUAGCUGGGGUUUUGGCUGAAAGUUUGAAGUCAAGGCAGGACUGGCAGGAAGAACUUGAUAUAACCGAGAAAGACGUGUUGUGUGUCAAGAUAGCGGGACUAUGCCAUGACUUAGGUCAUGGACCGUUUUCACACCUUUUUGAUAGAUCUUUUAUUCCUAAAGUUGCUAAAAAGGCUGACAAAGAUUGGAAGCAUGAGAAAGCUAGUUUGCUUAUGGUUGACUUAAUCUACACGAAGCUGAAGAGCGAUUUUGAAAAACAUGGACUAGAGGAUAAAGAUGUUGUCUUUAUCAAGGAACUCAUCAAUGGCCCAACUGAAGGAUCUAAAGAGGACUGGCCUUAUAAAGGAAGAGAAAAGGACAAACGUUUCCUUUAUCAGAUUGUAUCCAACAAGGAUAGUGGUAUUGACGUGGAUAAGUGGGACUAUUUCGCACGAGAUUGUUACCAUCUUGGAAUGAAAAGCAGCUUUGAUCACAUGCGCUGCAUAAAGAUGGCACGAGCCAUCCAAGUAAAAGAUGACAAUAACAAGUGGCAUAUCUGUUUCCGUGACAAAGAGGUCCACAACAUUUACGAGAUGUUUCAUGUAAGAUCAAUCCUUCACAGACGCGCUUAUCAGCACAAGACAUCCAACGCCGUAGAACUCAUGAUAACUGAUGCCCUAGUGAAAGCAUAUCCGUAUCUUGAUUUCGAGGGAAAAGACGGAAAAAAUCUGAAGAUSCCUGAAGCGAUACACGACAUGGUGGCUUAUACGAAGAUAACAGACCAAGUGUAUCAUCAAAUACUUCAUACAAGUGAUCCACGACUAGAAGAGGCAAAGCAAAUUCUGGAGAGGAUAGAACGUAGAGAACUGUACAGAUCAAUUGAAGAACACACUACCGAGAAAGAUAUGUCACGUAUAGAUGUCGAUGAGGGAACCCUUGAAAUAGCAAACAAGAGUGGAGUCGCGAAGGAAGACUUUAUACUUGACAAAGUAAAAUUUGAUUAUGGCAAGAAAAAAGAGAAUCCUGUCAAAAAUGUCUACUUUUACAAAAAGGAAGACCCAGAUAAAGCCAUUAAAAUUGAAGAAGAUAAGGUUAGCUACAUGUUACCUGAAGUGUUCUUAGAAUGGAAGAUAAGGUUGUACAUUCGCAAGACUGAGCUGGACGAAGAUAAAAAAAAACAGUUGAUAAAGGGAUUUGGUGAGUGGUUCAAAAAGGUAACGGACGUAAAGGAGGAAAGCGCAGCCGGCAGCUCUGGUGCAGCGGGCAGGGAAGAUGAGACUCCUGAGAAGAAACUUUCUCCCGAAGCGCAUGAUGGAGCACCGGCAAAGAAGAAACUAGAAUAUUCAAAUAAUUAAAAACACUAAGUUUGUUUUUGAAAGCCUUUAGUAACUAAAAUAAAGCACUAAACGAUUUGAGAUCAGAAUAGACUAACUUAGAGAUAGCAUGUGACUAGACUACACGUGAUCAAGAUCUGGCUGCAUGUGACUAGACUACACGUGAUCAAGAUCUGNGCAUGUGACUAGACUACACGUGAUCAAGAUCUGGCUGCAUGUGACUAGACUACACGUGAUCAAGAUCUGAAUGCAUGUGACAUGUCAGGUGACAUYCAUGUGCACAUGCGCUUGCAUGAAUAAACUAUGAUUAGAAUAGACUAACUUAGAGAUUCUUGGUUUUCACCUACGUCAUCAUGAAUUUCAAAAGCGUAAAUUCGCAUUAUAAUGAAAUAAAAGUUUCGUAAUCUUGUAAAGUGGUCCAAACUACAUAUUCUGGCCAAAUUUCGAGACUGUAUAGCAUUUCGUUGCGGAACUAGAGGCGAAUAAACAUGACGCAAUUUUUGGUUAAAAUGUAUGGAGCGGCCAUCUUGGUGUUCCAAGUUGGUACACCAUAAUGGCGGACGAAAUUCCAAAGGCUUAAAAUGAUGGAAUAUUUAAUAUGUUUGACUAUUUUUCACUUAAAUAUACUUUGAAUAGAUAUUUUAAAUGUGUCUAAGGGAAAAUAUUUUAUUUAAAGUAAAUUAUUUUACUAUUUUGAUCGCUAUUUUGAUAGACGUGACGGCAUUGCGUGACACAGACUCAACCUUCAUAACUCGGGAACCAAACAUCGAAAUGACUCGAGAUUUUUUCUUGUGACUUAUAACACUGACUUCUAAAACAUACUUGAGAAAUGCCUUUAUACGAUCUAUAGCUUAGAUUUUGAUGUUUUGAUGACGUCAUGUGAAAACCAGCAAUAAGCGUGAUCACAUCCCAAACGCAUUACUAGACUACACGUGAUUAAGAUCUCUGUGCAUGUGACUAGACUACACGAGAUCAAGAUCUGUAUAACGAAUAUAAUCGAUACAGUUAUGGGGAAUUUUAAUCUUAUUAAGUUGUUAAUUUUAAUAUUAAGAUCUCUGUUCAUGUGACUAGACUACACGAGAUCAAGAUCUGUAUAACGAAUAUAAUCGAUACAGUUAUGGGGAAUUUAUCUUA